ACUAGUGGGGACGCUUCUGUUGAGCAGCAACGACAGUUUAGGACGGCGGGAGGGAGCAGUUUGUUAUGACAAUAAACCGGUAAACAAAAGCAACCACUUAUUCAUCUUUAAGAAAAGUGACGUUUUCGCGUCUCUGGCGGGACGGGUGUUCGUUAAAUUAAAUGUUUAAUAAUUUCCAGCGUUUGCGUAAGGAGCUCCAGCCGGCGAAUCGCAUCAGUUCGCCCGGAGGGUCAUCGUCAGCGGCGACACCCUCUGCUCCGUCAGCGACAACCGUUUAGAAAAUGACCGGAGAGAAGCUCCGCUCCCUGCGUAAGGACCAGAGGCCGAGCAAGGACGAGGAUCUCCUGGAGCCGGACGAGGAGGCUGCCACAGGGACUUUCGCUGUCCCCAAGGCGAACAACAAGAGCAGGGCGAGUAAAAUAUUCAGCAACCACAAGUUAAUUAAGUCACCGUCCACGCAGUCGCAGAAUAAUGGUAACACCAACAACACACGGACAACAUCGGAUGUUAUUGAUGACAACAACAAAAACCCCAUCAUCAAACCCGGGCUGGACUUUCCGGUGCACGAAUGCGUCUUUAAAGGAGAUGUCCGACGGCUGUCUUCGCUCAUCCGGACACAGAAUAUCGCUCAGAAGGACAUCCAUGGAAACACACCAUUACAUCUCGCUGUCAUGAUGGGACACAAAGAGUGUGCCCAUUUGUUGCUGGCCCACAAUGCACCAGUGAAGGUGAAAAAUGCUCAGGGAUGGAGCCCCCUUGCAGAGGCCAUUAGUUACGGAGACCGACAGAUGAUCACAGCAUUGCUGAGGAAGCUGAAGCAGCAGUCCAGGGAGAGUGUGGAGGACAAGAGGCCCAAGCUGCUGAAAGCCCUCAAAGAGCUUGGUGACUUUUACCUGGAGCUUCACUGGGACUUCCAGAGUUGGGUGCCCUUGCUGUCCAGAAUCCUCCCAUCAGAUGCGUGUAAGAUUUAUAAGCAAGGCAUCAACAUCAGGUUGGAUACAACCCUGAUAGACUUCACUGAUAUGAAAUGCCAGCGUGGCGACCUCAGUUUCAUCUUCAACGGCAACGCUAUUCCCUCCGAGUCAUUUGUUGUACUGGACAAUGAACAGAAGGUCUACCAGCGGAUACACCACGAGGAGUCGGAGAUGGAGACAGAGGAGGAGGUGGACAUUUUGAUGAGCAGUGACGUUUACUCCGCCACACUCUCCACCAAGUCCAUCACUUUCUCUAGGGCACAGACCGGAUGGCUUUUCAGAGAGGAUAAGACGGAGCGCGUGGGAAACUUCUUGGCAGAUUUCUACUCUGUGAACGGCCUGGUGCUGGAGUCUAGGAAGAGACGAGAGCAUCUGAGUGAGGAGGAUAUCUUGAGGAAUAAAGCUAUUAUGGAGAGUCUGAGCAAAGGAGGAAACCUCAUCGAGCAGAACUUUGAGCCGACAAGAAGGCAAUCUUUAACCCCCCCCUUACCCAGCACUAUUUCCUGGGAGGAAUACAUCACUGCAGACAAUGGAAGAGCACCUCAUUUAGGAAGGGAGCUGGUCUGUAAAGAAAGCAAGAAAAACUUCAAAGCCACAAUAGCUAUGAGUCAAGACUUCCCUCUGGGCAUUGAAUCGUUACUGAAUGUCCUGGAGGUGAUUGCACCCUUCAAGCACUUUAACAAACUCAGGGAGUUUGUUCAAAUGAAGCUCCCCCCCGGCUUUCCUGUCAAACUCGACAUCCCUGUCUUUCCCACCAUCACAGCCACGGUCACAUUUCAGGAGUUUCGCUACGACGAGUUUGAUGAAUUCAUUUUUACCAUUCCCACUGAUUACAAAGAAGACCCAAGUCGCUUCCCCGACCUUUAACCUUUUGCCUCGGACUUUAACGUCAAUCCCACAAAACAUACCUUUAAUGAAUAAAAAAACUCUGGAGACCCUGA